CGUGCCCCGCGCGUGCGUGCGUGCGUGUAUAUAUACGCCGCGCAUCGAUGCCACUGUGUUGCUGGACAGCUAGAGUAGCUAGCUUGACCACUGUCCUGUCCAAGGAGAGGAGCCACCUGCGCCAUGGAGCUGGAGCUGGAGCUGGGGCUUGCACCGCCGAACCACGCGGGAUCGUGCGGCAAGAGGGGGACGAAGGAGGCGUUCGGGAUCGACAAGGCUGGGCUGCCACUCAUCCUGCGCGACGACGAUGGUGACCACGGCAGCAACUGCAGCGAUGCCCGCGACUGGGAAAUGAGUAACAAGAAGAAGAGGCUGGUGGGGUGGCCGCCGGUGAAGAGCGCGCACCGCCCGCGCAGCAAUGGCGGCCACGUGAAGGUGAAGAUGGAAGGGGUGCCCAUCGGGAGGAAGGUGGACCUGUCCCGCCACGCCUCCUACCACCAGCUCCACCACACGCUCCGCCUCAUGUUCCCCUCCUCCACAUCUCACCAUGGUGAUCCAUACGCCGUCACCUACGAGGAAGGGGAUGGGGAUUGGAUGCUCGUCGGAGACGUGCCGUGGGAGGACACUGUCAUGUCGGCCAAGCGGCUCAAGAUACUACUCGUGUAACCGACUACAGUAGUUGCCAUUGCUAGUUGAGUUUGGGGGUCAUGGAUCUGCACCGGCCCGCCGUGUGUGACUAUUUAGUUUUAGCUCACUGAAUAAUUUUUGCACAUGUUACCGUCACGUCGACAAGUAUAUGGAACUUUCUGAGUUUUUCUCUCUGGUCCAGUGUUUAAUGUUUCGGCAACAGAACAAAAUCGGUCUUCACCGAAACGUCGGAAA